CUUACAUGUGAUACCCAAUUCUAAGUCCCAACAAACUCAAACCCGAACGGCCGUGGACUUGCCGGUGGCUCCGCCGGCUUUACCUUCACAACAACCACUGCCCAUCUUCUAUAUGAUAGGCACACGCUGAUUCCACUCUUGAACAGAUGGCGAUUCUCUAUGCGCUGGUGGCCAGAGGGACCGUGGUGCUUUCUGAGUUCAGCGCCGUCUCCGGCAACACUGGCGCCGUCGCUCGUCGGAUUCUUGAGAAGCUGCCUGCUGAGGCCGAUUCCAGGCUCUGUUUCUCGCAGGAUCGCUACAUAUUUCACAUACUCAGAGCCGAUGGACUCGCGUUCCUUUGCAUGGCCAACGACACCUUCGGAAGGCGGAUCCCAUUUUCAUACCUUGAAGAUAUUCAGAUGAGGUUCAUGAAGAACUAUGGGAAAGUGGCCCACUACGCUCCUGCAUAUGCAAUGAAUGAUGAAUUUUCAAGGGUUUUACAUCAGCAAAUGGAAUUCUUCUCUAGUAAUCCUAGUGCAGAUACUCUCAAUCGUGUCAGAGGUGAAGUUGGUGAGAUACGCACCAUCAUGGUAGAAAACAUUGAGAAGAUACUGGAGAGAGGUGAUAGGAUUGAACUUCUUGUUGACAAAACUGCAACAAUGCAAGACAGUUCUUUUCACUUCAAGAAGCAGUCUAAGCGCUUGCGCCGAGCUCUUUGGAUGAAAAAUGCCAAGCUCUUGGCCUUGUUGACAUGCUUGAUUGUUGUGCUGCUGUACAUUAUAAUUGCCGCUUGUUGUGGAGGCAUCACUCUUCCUUCCUGCAGAUCUUAACUUGCGGAUUUAGGUAUACUGAAGUUCCUUGAAGGUAUGGAAUAGAUGGCUUUCUGAAGAAGUAUUUAUGUUGGGGAGAAGAGCCAAUCUGUCUCAUCAUUCAGAUUUUUUGCGUUGUCAAUGAAUAUGUAAUGUGUAUGGAAAUAUAUAGCAUAUUUAUCUUUGCAAGUUCUGGAAAUAGGUCUAUCGGUUUUUUGUCACAAUUAAUGCACCUUCCAUUUGUGAGCUUUCCUUUUUUUUUUUUUUUUUUUUUUUUUUUGUUCUUUUUUUCUUUUUUACCCUGGAACACCAAUAAUUUCUGUUGCAUUGUUAGUUGAUCAUCUUUGUUCUCUGUAAAUGCCUGGAUUUUUAUAGUAUUCCACCAUUUAUUGUCAAA